AUGAAAUCUCAAUCUAUUCUAGAACUAUCAGCUUUCUUCGAGUUGCUACUAAUGGGAUCAUCACCUAUUAGUGCACAGAGUAAGAUCUACGGUACGGUAGCGGGAGUCAGCAGCAUCCAUGGAUGGGCUCAACGCUAUUUUGUGGCUGAUGAAAUACCUCAUGUUGAAUUCGAAGAUGCAAAACUUUUGAGGAUAUCAGAAGAUAUAUCUGCCAAUUGA